AUGGCGCGUUCGAGCGCGGACGACAUGGACCUGAAGCGCGCGUGCGAGGCGGGGAUCCUGAGCAAGGAGAAGGUCCCCGAGAAGGUGGUGCUGUCCAUGCGCGUCGCCAAGGGCCGCGUCGGCCCACCGCGGGGAUUGGGGAUUGCCGGCAAGCUCACCUCCCGCCACAACCAGGGCAUGGCCAAGCCCCGCGUCCUCGCCGUCACAACCAAGGCGAAAGGGCAGAAGACCAAGGCCUUCUUGCGAGUUCUCAAGUACUCCAAUGGCGGAAUCCUCGAGCCAGCAAAAGUGUACAAGAUAAAACAUCUCCACAAGGUGGAGGUUGCUACCAGUGAUCCCAGCGGCUGCACCUUCAUAUUGGGGUUUGAUAACCUCAAGAGCCAGAGUAUUUCGCCUCCUCAGUGGACGUUGCGCAACAAAGACGACAGGAACCGGCUGCUGAUGUGUAUUCUCAACCUGUGCAAAGAGCUGUUGGGUGGCAUCCCCAAAGUUGUUGGUAUGGACAUCGUCGAGAUGGCUAUCUGGGCCAAGGAGAACACUACUACAAAGGUUACACAGGUCAGCACGAAAGAUGGCCCCAUUGAAUCUGUAUUUGGAGAGGCUGAGUCACAAGUUACCGUUGAAAAGGACCUGGUUUCACAAGCGGAGGAAGAGGACAUUGAAGCUCUCCUUGGCACCUAUGUCAUGGCAAUUGGUGAAGCAGAGGCAUUUUCAGAAAGGAUGAAACGUGAACUUGUAGCUCUGGAAUCUGCAAAUGUUUAUGCCCUCAUGGAAACAGAAUCUGUUGUGGAAGAGGUGUUGCAGGGCUUAGAAGUAGCCAGUAUAUGUGUUGAAGAUAUGGAUGAGUGGCUUGGCAUUUUCAAUAUAAAACUCAGACAUAUGAGGGAGGAUAUACAAUCUAUAGAAUGGCGUAAUAACAGGUUGGAGCAGCAAUCUGUUAGUAAUGUGGCAUUAGGUGAAGAGCUAGACAAAUUGCUUGUAUUCUUGCAAAUACCACCUGAGUACGAGGAAUCAUUGACUGGAGGCUCAUUCGAUGAGGGUAAUAUGGUCAAGAAUACAGAAGCCUGUGAAUGGUUGACCAGUGCUAUAAAGAACCUAGAAGCGUCCAAUCUGGAUCCAUGCUAUGCAAAAUUGCGUGCUGUUAGAGAAAAACGUGCAGAAUUUGUACUUCUGAAGUGCACAUUUGUUCGGAGGGCAGCAGAAUUUUUAAGGAAUUACUUUCCAAGUUUGAUUGAUUCUAUGCUAAAUGAUAAAGGCAACUUCUCUCAGAAAGGGCAACUGCAGAGGCCUGACCAUGCUGAUAUGAGGUACAAAUGCAGGAAAUAUGCACGGCUUCUACAAUUCAUCAAGAGUCUGGACAAAAGUUGUUUGCCCCCUUUGCGGAAAUCUUACUGUCAUUCUCUGAAUUUGCUAAUUCGAAGGGAGGCCCGGGAAUUUUCUAAUGAGCUCCGAUCUAGUUCAAAAGUAUCAAAGAGCAGCACACCAUUGUUUGAGGGUCCUGCAGGUGCAAAUCAGUCAGCUGGUAUUACAGAUAGUUCUGCAGAUGCGUACUCCAAGAUGAUUACUGUAUUUAUUCCGCUUCUUGUUGAUGAGAGCUCGUUCUUGGCACAUUUUAUGUGCUUCGACGUUGCAUUGGAUGCUUCAGAUAGUGAGGAAAAUAGUACGCCUCCAAGAUCUUCAGAAGCCUCUGGGAGUAGUGUCAAACCAAGUAGCAGUGCAGCUGAUUUGGGAGUGCUGAACCAAUGCUUACAGGAGUUGCUCGAUGGUAUUCAGGAGGACUUCUAUGCUAUAGUUGACUGGGCAUUCAAGCUAGAUCCAUUGAGUUGUAUAGCAAUGCACGGCAUAACGGAUCGAUAUAUUUCUGCUCAGAAGGCAGAGGUUGCAGGAUAUGUGCCUGUGCUUCUUGAUGACUUGGAGACAAGAAUAACCAUUUUGUUUGGCAGGUUCGUCGAUGAUGCAUGUUUCCAGAUCGAAAAGUAUGAGCGAAAUGUAAGACAAAUUGGAGUGGUGCCAUAUAUUCCCAGGUUUUCUCAACUUGCAGCGCGUAUGGAGCAGUAUAUCAAUGGAUCCAGGGAUCUUGUUGACCAGGCAUAUACGAAAAUUGUUACCAUUAUGUUUGUGACUCUGGAGAAAAUUGCUCAAGUUGAGCCCAAAUAUGUUGAUAUAGUACUCUUGGAGAAUUAUGCAGCUUUCCAGCACAGUCUAUAUGAUUUAGCGAAUGUUGUGCCAACACUUGCUAAAUAUUAUCAUCAAGCCAGUGAAGCUUAUGAACAAGCUUGCUCGCGCCAUAUUAAUCUUGUUAUAUAUAUUCACUUUGAAAAGUUAUUCCAAUAUGCUCGGAGAAUUGAGGAACUGAUGUACAACAUGAGUCCUGAGGAGAUACCGUUCCAAGUUGGAAUGUCGAAGGUAGAUUUCCGCAAGAUGCUGAAGUCGAGCCUAACUGGUCUUGACAAAACAAUCAACGCGAUGUAUAGAAAACUACAGAAGAACAUAACCGCAGAAGAAUUGCUACCUUCUCUAUGGGAAAAAUGCAAGAAGGAGUUUCUCGAUAAAUAUGCGACCUUCCUCAAACUGAUUGCCAAAAUAUAUCCCAAUGAAACCGUGACAUCUGUCAACGAUAUGAGAGAUACCCUAGCAGCUCUGUAGGAACUUUGCUGUUUGAUUAACUUUACAAGGUAAUAUCAUUGUAGAGAGGACUGAGCCGAUCCGGGUUUGAGCCUGAGC